AUGGGGGUGGCAGGUUGCUUGCAGCAGGGCAGGACUGUGGAGGUUGCUAGCAGCACGGGGUAUGGCAGUUUGGGGGAGGCGGCCGGUGGCAGCAGUAGGGUGGCUGUGGAGGGUAAGGGGUGGUUGCAAAUUGCGGCAUGGAGGCCGUGCAGGAAGUUACAGCAGGAGUGUGGAGGGACAGUGGCACUACGGGUUAUGGUUGUGGGCUAUGGCAGUAGGGCAUGGGGAGCUUGUAGCCGGUAUGGAGGAGGCUUGCUAGUUGGUGGAGUUGACUUGGGUGAGGGAGCUGCUGGAGGUUGA